AUGUCGCCCGUUGCGCAGUAUACAGAACGACCCGCCAGCGGGUCCAAGUCUCAGUUUCAGCCAGGUCACAAAAUCCCCAUCCAGCAUCUGACAAAGCCCGGCUUGCAGUCUGAUAUGGAAGAUCCCAAGCCUGUCUCCGCGCAUAUUCCAACCGACGAUGGCGGAUAUCAACUUUAUAAGGCAGCAGGAAAGCUUGGAGGAAAGAAAGCCAUCAUUACAGGUGGAGAUUCGGGAAUUGGACGAGCUACCGCCAUUCUCUUCGCCAUGGAAGGUGCUUCAAGUUUGAUUGUCUAUCUCCCAGAGGAGGAGUCAGACGCACAGGAAACGAAACGUCUGGUAGAAGAGGCCGGUCAGAAGUGCUAUUGCGUGGCCAUUGACAUAAGGAAGAAGGAGAACUGCAGAAAGAUCGUUGACACCGCCCUUCGAGACAUGGGUGGGGUUGAUAUUCUAGUCAACAAUGCCGCAUUCCAAGAUAUGCUCAGUGAUAUCAGCGAAUUAGAUGAAGAACAAUGGGAAAAGUCCUUCGAUACUAACAUCCACUCGUUCUUCUAUCUUUCCAAAUACUGUCUCCCGCAUAUGAAACCAGGAUCGACUAUCAUCAACUGUUCCUCGGUGAAUCCAUAUAUUGGUCGAGGCGAUCUAUUGGACUAUACAGCCACCAAGGGAGCAAUCGUCGCAUUCACCCGGGCUCUAUCAAAUCAGCAGGUUAAGAAGGGCAUUAGAGUCAAUUGUGUUUGCCCAGGUCCAAUCUGGACCCCACUGAUUCCAUCUACUAUGCAAACCGGCGCUAUGGAACAAUUCCAUGCUGUACCCAUUGGUCGUCCUGGGCAACCCAGUGAAGUUGGAACUUGCUUUGUCUUCCUUGCAAGCCAAGAUAGUAGUUAUAUCUCUGGACAGUGUCUCCAUCCCAACGGUGGUAUCAUGGUGAAUGGCUAA